AUGGCCUGUGUUACCUGGGAGAUAAAGACUGGUCCAAUGUCUGACCCCAAAAGAACAGGCAGAGCCGUGGGCAGUCUUUGUCCCGCGAGAGAUGAGGCCGAGAGGCUGUCUUCAGCUGCCUGCUCCCCAACCUGUGCGCUCGGCGGCCGGAUGGCUGCUUCCGCACCCGUGGACCAGGCUCAGGUUUCCAAGACAGCAGAAGUGCAUACAGAACUCAUGCCCGACUGUGUGACCUUUGAGGAUGUGGCCAUUUGCUUCUCACGUGAAGAAUGGAAACUUCUUGAGGAGACGCAGAGUUGGGAGGUUGAGAAGGACCUGCCGAUCAUAUCGAGCCUUCUCAAGAACCUGGCUUUGCCCAACAGUAAAAAGUCCAAUAAAAUCACUGAGGGGAGGGGAAAUAUUCCUAAUCCUAAGAGUCAGAAUAAAAUCACUGAGGGGAAGGGAGACAAGCCUGGUCCUAAAAGUCACAAGUCAGGAGAAUGUAAAAGAUCUACAAGUGACAAACACAUUCUUGCUCACCAGCCAAGAGCCUCCUCUGGAAAAAAGCUUUAUGAGUGUAACAAAUGUGGGAAAACCUUCCGUGGCAAGUACUCGAUCAGCACAGAGGUCCACACUGGAGAAAGGCCUUGGGAGUGCAGUGAGUGUGGAAAGUUCUUUAGCCAAACCUCCCACCUGAACGAUCAUCGGAGAAUCCACACUGGAGAAAGGCCUUAUGAGUGCAGUGAAUGUGGAAAACUGUUUAGAUAGAACUCUAGUCUUAUUGACUACCAGAAAACUCAUACGGGAGCAAGACCUUAUGAGUGUAACCAGUGUGGGAAAUCCUUUAGCCAAAAGGCUACUCUUGUUAAACACCAGAGAGUUCAUACUGGAGAAAGACCUUAUAAGUGUAGUGAAUGUGGAAAUUCCUUUAGCCAAAGUGCCAUUCUUAACCAACACCGGAGAAUUCACACUGGAGCAAAGCCUUAUGAAUGUGAUCAGUGUGGAAAAUCCUUCAGCCAAAAAGCUACCCUUAUUAAGCACCAGAGAGUUCACACCGGAGAAAAGCCUUAUAAGUGUGGUGAAUGUGGGAAAUCCUUUAGUCAAAGCUCCAUCCUUAUUCAGCACCGCAGAAUUCAUACAGGAGCAAGGCCCUAUGAGUGUAGCAAGUGUGAAAAGUCUUUUAGCCAGAAGUCUGGCCUUGUUCAACAUCAGGUAGUUCACACUGGAGAAAAGCCUUAUGAAUGUGACCAGUGUGGGCUUUCCUUUAGCCAAUGCUGUAGCCUCAUUCAUCACCAAAAAUGUCACAACACAUAG